AGCCUUUUAUUGCGCUUGUCCUAAGAAGCAGUAGUAGUAGUGCCGAUUUUGGGUAGUUCUAUUGUCUACGAUCCUAGAGAGCAAAAGUGCGUUACAGUCUGCCAGAUAGCCGCGUUGUGUGGUGGCUUAGUUGACUGUGGCGCCUGAUGUAGCCUGAUUGGACGCGGUGUGUUGCAGGUGAUGUUUGCUUGAUGUAGACAACAUUCAACAUUACAACCGGCCUCAUGCUUUCUUCGCAGCCUCAACCACUUCCUCAACUGAGUCCCUUGGAGCUCUCUCUGCAAAUCAAAUCGUUCUUGAGUGGUACAGAUCCACAGCAUGGUCAUAAAUUGAGUCCACGUGACCAUGCCCGCUGCUCCCUUCUGCUUCUACAGUGUCUGCCUCCUGCCCGACAUGCAGUGCUUGAACACUUGCGUACUGUGUUUCAUGACAGUGUUUCCUCUUUUUUGAGUGAGCGUGACUCUCAGGAUGCACUCCCACCAUCAUCUUCAUCUCAGCGCAGGCCACCUCCACCUCCAUCUACACAAGGACUGGAUGAAGUUACACUUGAAGUUCAGAGGGUUCUGGAAGAGUUCAUCAAACUUAACCCUCGGGCAUGGGCUCCUCUUAUAUCUGCUUGGUCUAUAGAGCUCAUGGGACAGCUUAGCAGUAAACAUGCAGGUAGACAGGGGAUGCCACACUCUGCAAGCCUCAAUGAAUUGCUGCAGUUAUGGAUGUCCUGUGGUGCCACUCGUGUGCUUAUGGAUAUCUACACCCACUGCCUGUCCACCAUGAUUGGUAGCUGUCCAGAUGCUUGUGUUGAUGCCCUGCUGGACACUUCUGUUCAGCAUUCACCUCACUUUGACUGGGUUGUUGCUCAUAUUGGAAAUUCAUUCCCUAGUACAAUAAUUAGCCGUGUUCUUUCAUGUGGCCUGAAGGAUUUCUGUGCACACAGCUCCCCAACUGAUACCGCUGACAAGCGUGUGCCAAAGUUGGGCUCUGUUGUUGGAAUCCUGGGGCACCUUAGUUCCCGCCAUGGGCAAAGCAUCAGACAGGAAAUUCUGAGAAUGUUCCAUGAAAGUUUAAGACCUGGAAGUAAGCAGCAGCGGGCGACCUUGCCAUACCUUCUUCAGUUGGCAGCCCUUUCCCCAUCCCUGUUGGGUACUGUAUGCCAGGAUCUGGUUGAUUCUCUAAAGCCUGCUACAUUAUCCCAGCUACAGCAGCACUGCUCCACUUUGCCUCGUGAAGAGCUGGACAACAUGUUGAACCUGAGUGUGCACCUUGCUUGUCAGACAUCUGCAGGUGCCCCUCGUCUUUUGCGAUUUCUUCUGGACACUGCUAUGCCUGCUUCUGUUAUAACUACACCAGGCUUGGCAGUGCAUGAUUCUGUGAGAGAGGCCUGUGAUCGCAUUGUGCGUUUACUACUUCUUAGCUUACAGAAACAAGUGUAUGGGAGGCCUGGGUCAAGGGGAACUUCUGAAGUACAGCCACGAGCUGUACCAUUUCUAGAAGCCAUGAGAGGACAUCUUCCUGAGCUCUGUGCUGAGAUGUUACGUUUAGAAAGAAAACGGCACCUCUGGAUUCACCAACUGAUUGGGCUACUUUGUAUAUACAGCAGCCCACCGUGUUCCUCUGAAGCUCUCUGCAUAUUGCUCACUUUAGCUCAGAGCUCUGAAGAGCUUGGACUUGCAGUGCAACUGCAUGCAGUUUUGUCUUCCUCUGUACAAGGAUUGGCACAAGCAGCAGUUACUCGAAGUGUGGCUCAGAUACAUGCAGGAGCCUUGACUGAUAAAUGUGCACUUCAGCUACUUCAGAAUUUGGCACUAGUUGUACAGUGUGAAGAGGGAAGCAUGGGUAGGGAGGUAGGAAUGGCACUCUCAGAGUACCUCUCUGAUUUUGGGCAGUUGCUGCUUCACAGUGAACCUGGAGUUUGUGAAGCAGCCUGUAUCUUGCUAUGCUCUUGUCCCUUACCAACCUCUAUACCUCCUUCUCAACUCCAUAUUCUGAUUCGUUCUUCUUCCCAUUUUCUCUUCCGCUCCAUGCAUAUUCGCAGUUCCUCAGGGGUCAGCAGUGCUUCUCGUCUCCUUCUGCGGCUCUGCAGAGUAUCAUCUGCUGGAAGGAAAGCUGUAUUGAACCAGCUAGUGGAAGGUGCUUUACAUGAGGGAAAUGCAGGUUUGUUUGGAGGAAACAGGCCUUCAUCCACUGGACCUAGACUGGGUAAUGAUACUGCCUCUUUGUUAGAAAGCAACAGUCAUCUAGGGUCAGCUGUGGACUUUUCAGGUAGUGUGUGGUCUGUAUUUCAUGCAGGUGUAAUUGGGGCAGGGCUCAAGCCAGAAGAGAAUAGUAAACAGCUUGGGGAAGAGGAAUGUACUGAAAAUACGCAAAGCUUGCUCUCUCUUCUCUGCCAUUGCUGUGCCAGGAAAGGAGAGGAUGGGGGACAAUCAACUACGUUAGACCCUGAGGCAGCCAAAACACUGGCAGUAACACUGACUGAAAAUGCUUGUCCUGAUGUCACAAAUAGUGAACUUGCUUGGCCUCCAGAAGAUCAUGCACGCACCACAGUGCAGAGAGACCUACUCAUCUACAAAUGCUUUUGUCAAAACCCUCUACUGUUUCAGCUUCUCCACUUGAUUGCACAAGGUCGGCCUGCACUUUGCUAUUGCUCAGUGCUGCUUAGAGGACUUUUGGCUGUACUCCUGGCAUAUUGGGAGGCAUCUCGUCAUCAGGAUUCUGUGAGCUCUUCUUGGCACUUAAAGGCAUCCUGUGAGUUGGUGUCCUGUAUGGGAGAAGGACAGCUGCUACCCCCUGCACUUACAAACAUGCAUGAGAUGUUUUCUCUCCUUGCUCCGUUUGAGGUCCGUCUUUUACUCCUCAGUGUUUGGGACUUCAUACAAGAAAACGGCCCAUUUCCACAAAGAUUUGUCUUUCAGUCAGGAAGAGGGAUAUUUACUAGAGACUUUUCCAGAGAAGGUGAUCCAGCAAAGUACAUGAGCAUUGUUCAUAGCGUCUUACAUCGUAAUGUUGAUCGAUUGGGGCUGCUUUCGGGGAGAUUCCAGCUGUAGGUUAUUUAUACAGACAUUUUUACAUAUGUCUUAGCAUGCUUGAUUGGUUUAUGCCUUAAAUACAUAAUAUGCCAAAACAUGUCUAAAAAAACAUAGUUGUAUAAUAAAAAAUGCUCCUUUGUGUAAAAAA